AUGAUCAAACUUCGCUUAAUCUUGGUUGCUAUCAUGGUUCUUGCAAUUAUCAUUACUAUUGCAACUGCCAGGAAACUAAAUGGCGAUGGCGAUGGCGAUGAUGGAGGCGAUUACCGACAUACUUCGACUUGUCACAAUAAAAGAAACGGAAGAAGAAGAAAAAGGUAUUGUGUACCUCCUCUUGGAGGAGGGCGGAAAGGAGGAACUAAUAACAGACCACCAGGUGGUCAUCCUAGGCCUGCUGGCAAUCCUGGAGUUGGCAAUUCUGGAGUUGGCAAUUCUGGGGGUGGCAAUUCUGGGGGUGGCGAUUCUGGGGGUGGCGAUUCUGGGGGUGGCGAUUCUGGGGUUGGCAAUCCGAAUCCUGUGUUCGGCAAUCCAGUGUUCGGCCAUCCUUUCAACGGUCCUGGGGGAGACGAUAUCGGUUCACACGAAUAA